AAAGAUCAUAAGCUGUCUCGUUAGCAGUACCAGGAGCGUACAUUGUUCAUACGCCAUGCAUAUUGGUGUUAGUGUCAUAACUUGUUUGGCUUUUCUCCAGAGUUUUCCUGAGCUUGCCCUUGCUUGUACUGAAAACUUUGAGUGUAAUCAGAAAAACUCGUCGAUAAGGAUCAUUUGUUGCUCCAGUGCUUGCAAACGUUGGUGGAAAUGUCCCGAUGCUUGCAUCUCGGACGAUACUUGCAAUGGCGGAAAGAUUUGUGUUCGUAACAGCUGUAGAGAUCCGGACAUCAGGUUUACAGCCUUUUGUAGCUCUAAUACAGACUGCCUUGAAGAUGAAGAAUGCGAAUCUGGUCUAUGCAAGCCGGCCCCGCGACCCGUUACUCCUGAAAAUUCCGAGAAUGUUCAAGUCAGCUUUCAUUUUGAUCAUCGCGUAUUCGUCAUAGUUGGAAUCGUUUUCGGGGUCUUGAUCUUUGUUGUCGUUAUAGGAUAUGGUUGGUAUCUCUCUUAUAGAAAACGUAGAAGACAAAGAUUAUCUAGAGGAGUAUAUUCUGCCUCUACCCAGGUGGGCCAUGGUGUAAAUUUAUUUUUACCUCCGCGUAACGGAGUUGAAACGUUUUCGUUGAACAGAACCAGUCCGACAUUAAAUCCAAUGAAUGGCUUCUCUCGCCCCCAAAUACCGCCUCCUGCGUAUGAUGCAGUAACGCUAGACAGUAGCUUAGACGUGGAAUCUUCAUUACCGUCAUCUUAUGAUGAUCAAGUCCGUGAGACUGCUACGAGAAUUGGCGACGAAGCACAGGUACAGUAACUCUGCAUCAAGCUUUGGAAGCAAUUUUGAUAAAACAGCGUCAUCUCUUGAAGAUUCUUAUUUGACAACUUCACUUCUGUGGGUACUAUUCAGAUCUCCUUCCUCAAAAUCUCUUCUGUCCAUUUGUUAAAUUAUUUGUAAUUCUUAACAUGUAUGUUACCUUUAGUUUUUAGCAGCAUAUGAUGUUGAACCUUUCACAUGUGGCAUAAUCAAAUAAUAGAUUUCUUCACUUGUACAUAAUAUCGUGAAAUUUUAUAAAUUUUCGAUAUUUAUUUAUUUUCUUUGGAAGGCUGGGGGUGUUGGAGAUCGAUUGUGGGGACAUUGGGUAGGACUUUAUUUCUAUUUGAUCCUCCUUUGAUGUUUCAUAGUCCAUUAUUCAAAAUACUGUUAAGAAAAUGUGAUAGUUCCCUUGCCUCUCUGCAUAAAUGAUUUAAAAUAAAAUAACAUACUCUGUUCAGUCUCAUAGUUGAGCCAUUUGAAUGUUUCAGUGUUGUACCAGCAAACUUGUUUGAAUUUGCAUUACAUGUAUUUGUCAUUAAAAAAAAAGUAAAGUC